UUUCCAGGAACAGAUUCACUGUAUACAAAUAUUCUUCCUCAAUUUACCGUACUCCAACCUCGUUAUGAAAAUUUUAAAUUUCUACUUUCACUUUCCCAAUAACGUGAAGCAAACGGCAAUAUGAGUAAUAUUUACAUUCAGGAACCCCCGACCACUGGGAAGGUCCUGCUCAUUACCUCAGCUGGAGAUCUGGAUAUUGAGUUGUGGUCAAAAGAAGCACCAAAGGCAUGUCGGAACUUCAUCCAGCUCUGUAUGGAGGGAUACUACAAUGGAACUGUAUUUCAUCGCGUUGUGAAGGACUUCAUCGUGCAGGGAGGCGACCCCACUGGGACUGGAAUGGGCGGAGAAUCAAUAUAUGGGAAACCAUUCAAAGAUGAAACUCACACUCGAUUACGGUUUGUGAGGAGAGGCUUAGUGGCCAUGGCAAAUGCUGGUCCAAAUGAUAAUGGCAGUCAAUUCUUCAUCACAAUGGGACCAACUCCGGAGCUCCUGAACAAACACACAAUAUUUGGAAAGAUAACAGGAAACACAGUAUAUAACAUUGGGAAGUUACAAGAAGUAGAAGUAGACCAGCAUGACAGACCCUACCACCCCCAUAAAGUCAAAUCAGCCCAUAUUUUAUCAAAUCCGUUUGAAGAUAUUGUCCCAAGAGUAAAUGCAGAAGACAGAAAAUCAAAAGAUUUAAAAGAAGAAAAAGUGAAAAGCAAAUCCAAGGCCACUAAGAAUUACAAGCUGCUCUCUUUUGGGGAUGAGGCAGAAGAACAGGAAGAGGAAGUAGAUCUGGUAUCCAAGGACUCAAAAGGGAAAGGUAAAAGCAGUCAUGACCUCAUUGAUGACCCAACCCUCAGCACAGAGACAACCGAGAUAGAUUCAGAGGAAGUCAGACAGAGGCUAGCACAGCCCCCUAAGGAAAAGAAAGCAAAAACCCCACCCCCAGAUGAAGAGAGUGAAAACAAGAAAAAGAUUAGCAGAACUGAAGAAUUGCGCUUAGAGGCCAAGAGGUUGAAGAGAGACCUAAAGGGAUUGAAAUCUGAAAAGUCCCAAGAUCAGAAAGACGUACCUGAAGAAGAACCUGAAGAAAAGAAUGAGGUAAUAGCUGCAUACAAGGCAGAAAGACAGAAAUACAAAAAGGCGAAGAUUAAAAAAGGGAGUGGAAGGGAGGAGGCCACUUUAGCACUGCUGGCAAAGUUCCAAUCCAAACUUGAGACCGUCAAGAAGAUAUCAGGGGACUACAGUGAUGAAGAAGAGGCCCCAGAGGGGGAAACAGAGGUUGAAGCUGCAGGAGAUAUGUCAUGGAUGACUCACAAGCUGAUAUUUGAAGAUGAAGAAAGAAAACGAAAAGUAAUUGAUGCAAAUGUGCAAGAACUUGAUCGUUAUGAAAUAUACGACCCACGAAAUCCCCUCACUAAACGCAGACUUAAUUUGACAUUUAGCUGCCCUGGAUUAGAGGGUGCUGCUACAGUCGACAAUGGCUAUGACAUAAUGAAAAUAUGCGGAGACAACCCGGAGCUAUCGUUCACAGCGGACGAGGAUCUAAAUAUGGCCGAGGUAUGGAUCUGUUUCUCGGGAAACAUCACCGACAUGGACCACGCCCAUCAGCUGAUGAAAUUCACAAUUGGUGGGUACACAAAAAACAUGGAAUGGUCUCCGGCCGAUGUUUCCAUGGUGAUUAACGACGACCAUUUACCAUGCGGCAGUGGUUACUUGAUAGCAGAAGUGCGAAAUAACGGAAUGAGAAUUGCUGCUGAAUACGAGAAGGCGAUGAGAGUAUGUGAUAAUACAGACAUUGACCUGAGCUUACAGAUAGAGAGCACGAUGAAGAUGAUGGGACUGACCCCUCAGUUAUACACGGGGAGGUACUCCAACGAUCUCCUCUCACAGCUCCUCGACUACCUCGACAUAACUAAAGCUGUUAUUCAUAACCAUGGAAACAGAACUUUGGCUAAUUCCACGAUAGAAACACCGCACAUGGUCGCAGUGUAUCUUCAGGCUCGACACCAGAUGACGUCACCAAAGAACGGCGAGAUGUGCUAUGUACCGAGAUACAAAAUCAUCGACCAGUUCAUCGGCAAAUUCGACAUUACCGCCGCAAUCGGAGCGGGAGAGGCCUUUGACAUUGUGCCUCAUUUCCAUGGUCACUAUAUCCCGGACACAUCUAUCGUCUGUGGAGACGCAGAAUUGGUCAUUUUUUACGAUCCUUUGAUGAUAGACCAAGAUUCCAACAUAUGCAACAAUUUUUUGAGAAUUCCUGUUUCCGUCACAUGUUCAAAUAGAAACCAGAGAAAUAAUUGCAUCCUGUGUCCUAAUCCAGUGGACCUUAAAACGUGGGCUCUCUUCGGAAAUAUGACAUUUUAUGAAUUUGAUGACAUGGAAGGUGAAUGGACCGGAAGAGACCUGCGCAUGAUGAAUGAAGAUACAGAAAUGGAACUGGUGCAUGCUGGGAUGUCUCAAAUGAUGCAGCAGCAUCUGUCAAAUCUUUACUCGCACUCUAGCGAGGGUAUCUGCAUGUUCGUUGACAAACUUCAAGACGAAACAAUGGACAGAAUUCAGAAAAUGGCGAUGAUUGACAUCAAAGUCGGAGAGCAGCUGGAGAUAAAAAUCCAAGCCGCCAUGAAGGAAAUGCAGUCAUCGAUGGACGUAAGUUCCUCGCUGCAGUCCUUCCUGGAUUGGGGGGAGAUGGAAAUGGACCCCGUGAAUAAAUCGCUAAUUAUCGGCUCUUACACCGGCCUGAGCAUGGUUUACGGGGUGAAUAUGUUAAUGUUACAGUCCAGAAUGACGGGGACGCGAUUCCCUUCUAACACUACGCGCAUGAUGCUGGGGCAGAUGCUGAGAGGCAUGGGCCAACUCAAUUACGUAGCAGAAAUGCACCCCAUGAUGGCUAGCAUGUACGGACUAGAAAUGCUGAAAUAUGCUCAGGCACUCCGACUCGUGACCCACUUCCUGCACGAAAAUCAGCUGCUUCCCGUUAAAGUUGCUCACGUGAUGAUGAAGCUAACUGGCGUCAUCAUGAGUAAGCAGAUGAAUCCCAUGUCGAACCAAACGGGUAGCAAUUCUUGGACAAUGCCUUCCAUGAAUUGUCCCUUUGGCCCACAAAUGAACCUGGUCUCCAAGGCUCUGCUAAAGCUGAGUAAUGGCUGGGACGGGGAGGUAGAGUACGACAGACCCGUCGAUAAGGACAGAAUGAAAAUGGCAAUGUGCCGCGCCAACAUACUCCGAGUGUUCAUGCUCAAGGGCGGCUACAAGCUGAUCCGAAAGGCUUACAUCAAACGUAUCCUUAUGGAAAACGGAAUGAAACCAGGUAAGUUUUAA